GCGGCUCCUGCCGGCGGGCAGCCGGCUCCGCCCGGGGGCUCCGUGCGCGGGCCGGGGCGGCCGGCCGGGGAUGACGGCGGCUCGUCUCUGCUCGCUUCCGCAGCUGGCGAGUUGGCGGCGGGGUUUCCUGAAGCCGGGCAAGAUGGGGAGGUGCCCGAGGCAGCAGCGAGGAGCCUGAUCGCCCUCCUCCCGGCCUGGGUCCCGCCGCCGUGGCAGGAGGAGAGGAGGAUGCGUGGUUUUAUCCCUGCGAGCAGACAGCGCGUGCGAGCGAUGUGCUGAGGUCGGAGAUCGUGGCAAAAUGGGAGUGCUGGCGCUCUCCGUGACCUGCGCUUCCCUGCUGACUCUGGUGCACGGGCACAGUUUGUUCACCUGUGAGCCGAUCACUAUUUCCAGAUGUUCGGGAAUGGCUUAUAAUAUGACUUUUUUCCCAAAUAUCAUGGGACACUAUGACCAGGACACUGCUGCUCUCCAAAUGGAGCCUUUUCUUACUCUUAUGAAUCUUCACUGUUCACCAGACGUCCACGCGUUUCUGUGCAAAGCGUUUGUCCCUGCCUGCCUGGAGCAAGUUCACGUGAUUCACCCUUGUCGAAGCCUCUGUGAGAAAGUAUAUUCUGACUGUAAACAAUUGAUUGACACUUUUGGUAUCAUAUGGCCUGAAGAGCUGGAAUGUAACAGACUGGUCAAUUGUGACGAGACUGCUCCUGCCACUGCCGCUGUAACCGCAAAUGUACAUGGAACUCAGAAGACCCCAGGACAGACCCGAAGGGAUUAUGGAUUCUGGUGUCCACGACACCUACAUACUUCCAAUGGACAAGGCUACAAGUUUCUAGGAAUUGAUCAGUGUGCACCCCCAUGUCCCAAUAUGUACUUCAAAAAUUAUGAAUUGGAUGUUGCAAAAAGCUUCAUUGGAAUAGUUUCAAUUUUUUGUCUUUGUGCUACUCUUUUCACGUUCCUGACUUUUCUGAUUGAUGUUAAAAGAUUCAGAUACCCAGAGAGACCAAUCAUAUAUUAUUCAGUCUGUUACAGCAUAGUGUCUCUUAUGUACUUCAUUGGAUUUUUACUUGGAAAUAGAACUGCCUGUAACAAGGCAGAUGAUAAGUUAGAAAUUGGUGAAACGGUGGUUCUUGGCUCUCAAAACAAAGCCUGUACUGUCCUCUUCAUGGUUUUGUAUUUUUUCACUCUGGCAGGAACUAUAUGGUGGGUGAUUCUUACGAUCACUUGGUUCCUUGCAGCAGGAAGAAAAUGGAGUUGUGAAGCUAUUGCACAGAAGGCCAUGUGGUUCCACACAGCUGCGUGGGGGAUACCUGGUUUUCUAACCAUUAUGCUUCUUGCAAUGAACAAAGUUGAAGGGGACAAUAUUAGUGGAGUUUGUUUUGUGGGGCUCUAUGAUCUGGAUGCAUCUCUGUACUUUGUGCUUUUGCCAUUGUGCCUUUGUGUUUUUGUUGGUCUCUCUCUUCUUUUAGCUGGUAUUAUCUCUUUAAAUCAUGUGCGGCAAGUCAUACAGCAUGAUGGCAGGAACCAAGAGAAGCUAAAGAAAUUCAUGAUCCGAAUUGGAGUUUUUAGUGGUUUAUACUUGGUGCCACUUGUGGCACUUCUUGGAUGUUAUGUCUAUGAACUGGUGAAUCGGAAAAUCUGGGAAACAACUUGGGUCUUCGACCACUGUAACCAGUACCAUAUUCCUUGUCCCUAUCAGGCAAAGGCAUUAGCAAGACCAGAAAUAUUUUUGUUUCUGAUGAAAUAUCUACUGACAUUAAUUGUUGGCAUAUCUCCAGUCUUUUGGGUGGGAAGUAAAAAGACCUGUUCUGAAUGGGCCAAUUUCUUCAACAGAAACCGCAAAAGAGAUCCAAUAAGUGAGAGUCGAAGAGUACUGCAAGAAUCAUGUGAAUUUUUCUUGAGGCACAAUUCCAAAGUUAAGCAUAAAAAGAAGCACUACAAAUCCAGUUCGCACAGACUGAAAGUUAUUUCUAAGUCAAUGGGGACUAGUACGGGUGGCACAACAAAUCAUGGAACUUCUGCAGUAGCAAUCACUAGUCAUGAUUAUUUAAGCCAGGAAACUGUUACAGAAAUUAAAACAUCUCCAGAAACAUCUGAGAAAGAGAUGGAGGCAGAUGGAACAUCAACCCAAAAAGUCAAGGAAGGUGAAGAUUUGUGUGGAGAUCAAAUGUUAUCUAGUUCUAAACUGACUGUGGAUCAGGUGGAAAAAAGAGGCAAAGCAGAUAAUAUAUGUGAUAUGAGUAGCUUGUCUGAGAGUAUGAAGAGAAUACGUGAAGGAAGGAUAACUCCUAAAAAUGAUUUUAUUGAAUCUCCUCCAUUACAAAGCAGCAGUUCCCAAAUACCUGAUGUCUCACAGUCUGGUUCCAUGUCACUACUUGUCUACUCAGCUUCAGACACCAGAAAAGAGUUGGAUUCUGGAAACAGUUUAAACCCCUGAGAGAUGGAAAUUUUCAUAUGAACAUUUUCAGUUUAUAAAAUUGAUAAGGAUCCUGUGUUACACUGGAAAUAAUUGAUACUCUGUGCCUUAUUAAAAAAAAAAAAAGAAACAAACCACAGACACGUACCUUGUUUUGCACUUAUAGAAAUGUAAGUUUUGUAGUGGGGACAGCUAGCAAUAAUGUUCUACAUUUAAUCCCAUCCAGGAAUAAUGGAAACUGAAGUUCUACAGGACACAGCUGGAUUGACUGGCAGUAAUUUAAAAGAAAGAGAUGAGAGAAACAAAUAUUAUUCUCAAUAUUAAGAACACUUUGUAAUAACUUGCAUUAAAAUAAUGCAUGGAAAGCAGUGUUACUUUUCAAGGCAUAAAAGUUCCAUCUGCAUCUUCGAUAUUUUUCAGAUCUUCUUGUUAACAAUUCUUUUUCUUUUAACUCUAUCUUAAAAGACUGUAUCACUUAAAAUUGAGAUACAAAGGUAUAAAUACUUUUUAAAGUAUGUAUCAUGAGAUAUCAAUUGUAGCACUGUUUUUAUGGUAGUUUCUACACUGACUAUGAAAGGGAAUCUGGAAUUUUAGUGAUUUAUUUUGUAUAUAGAAAUGAAUUAUGUAAAUAACUGACUGCAUGAGAUCAAUAUUUAGAACUACUGUUUUGUGUGUAUUGUACAAACUUGGUAAUGUGCUUCCAGGAGAUACUACUAAAGUCAACAGUCUUGUGAUGAUCCAGCAACAUAAUUUAGUUCAGAGUAAAACAGAAAAUACCUUUGUACAUAAUGUACACUAUACACCGCACAUCAGGGGCAAGACUGGUAUAAGACACCUGUGCAUCCUGUUACAGGGAUGGUACAGUAGAUGCAGCAGUGCUUCCAAAAAAUGCUUCCUCGAGCCUGUCCUGGUGUGGUGUUCCAGGGCAUCAUUCCAGACAAGAAAAUACAGCAGAUACCUAAAGACAUGAGGACAGAAUCAGAAGUAUACAUUUUUCUACUGAGCUGCAAUGAAAGUGUAUUUGUUUCCCUUUGUUUCUAUGCAACUGACUUGAAUUUUUUAAAAAUUCUGUGGAAAAAUACCUUGCAGAAAAUAAAUGUUUGAGUUAAUAUGUAGGCUUGUUCAAUAAUAUUUUUACUUAAAACAAGACCUUAAUGCUUUUUCUACAAAGUUUAAUUUUCUAUAUGCUAUAGCAAUAUAUUUUCUUUAAAUUGAAAAAUCCUUAAUACAGGUAGCCUUUUUAUUGAGAGGGUGGUUUUCAAGAGCAAGUGCUACUUAUCCGACAUGGAUAAGAGUUUCAUGGUUUGAAUCUUAAGAAAUCCUGGCUCCACUGAAGGUGCUGUGAUUCACUGAGUUAAUUCGGAGCCAGGAUUUUGCUGUUUGUCUAACUCUAAAAGUGCAUUUUGUAAGACUGUUCAGCAUCUUGCGUAUUUGUUACUGAUAAUAAUAUGGCUCUUAAAUUGAUACAUUCAUUUCGAUAUUAGGCAGAGAAAUUAUUCCAUUCCAGUUUGUACAGCUUUCAUGGUGAUGCUUUGAACAGUCAAGCAAAAUUGCAUAAUGCAAAGGUCAUGUAAAUGCUGAUUCAAUAGGAAAUACAAUUCUGAUAAACCAAAGUUUUAUCAAUCAUGUAUUAAAAAUUGAAUGUAUUCACCUUAUAUUGUCUUCUGCAUUUUAACAUUUGUAAUUUAUUGCCUUAAAUAGGAUGUGCCAUUUCUUUUAUAGUUUCCCCUUUAAAAAUAUAUAUAGUAUUCUUGCUGCUGAAAAGGACAAUGAAAAAAAUCUGAAAUAUCUUCUGUGAAAAUGCAUACUAAAUACCCUUCACUCUUGUAGUCAUAUUUGUAAACGGAAGACUUUAUACACACUUUCAAUAGUUUUGUUAUUAUUGUCUUUGUUAGUAAUAAAAUAUACUGUUGUAUAGUAA